UUCUUUCUCAUCUUGUACGAGUUGGCUCUAAUUUGAUGCGGGCGCAUUAAUUUCGGAUUGCUAUCGCAAACUUGCCUAGUAAGUAAAUUUCCCAACCAACACCUCUUGUCUCCCUCUUCCUCCCUCUCGCGCUGCCAUUACCGUUGCAACCGCCUACCCCCUAAUUCAAUCCAGCCACCCCGCCGAGCCGGCCUCAGACCACACCGAAAAAUAGAACAAGAUGGCCAAGAAGACUACCCUCGCCGAGUUCGAGUCGGUCUUCCCCAAGCUCGAGGAGGUCCUCCUCGAGCAUGCGCAAAAGUACAAGCUUCCUAAGGAGGAGCUGGCAUGGUACAAGAAGAGUCUCGAAAUCAACACCCUCGGCGGGAAAUGCAACCGCGGCAUGUCAGUUCCCGACUCUGUCUCCCUCCUCCUCGACAAGCCCCUCUCUGAGGAAGAGUACUUCCAGGCCGCCACCCUCGGCUGGAUGACGGAGCUCCUCCAGGCCUUCUUCCUCGUCUCGGACGACAUCAUGGACAGCAGCAUCACCCGCCGCGGCAAGCCCUGCUGGUACCGCCACGAGGGCGUCGGCAUGGUCGCCAUCAACGAUGCCUUCAUGCUCGAGGCCGCAAUCUACACCCUCCUCAAGAAGUUCUUCCGUGAGCACGCCUCCUACGUCGACCUCCUCGAGCUCUUCCACGAGGUCACCUUCCAGACCGAGCUCGGCCAGCUCUGCGACCUCCUCACCGCCCCCGAGGAAAAGGUCAACCUCGACAACUUCAGCAUGGAAAAGUACCGCUUCAUCGUCGUCUACAAGACGGCCUACUACUCCUUCUACCUCCCCGUCGCCCUCGCCCUCCACUGCCUCAACAUCGCCACCCCCAAGAACCUCAAGCAGGCCGAGGACAUCCUCAUCCCCCUUGGCGAGUACUUCCAAAUCCAGGACGACUACCUCGACAAUUUCGGCCUCCCCGAGCACAUUGGCAAGAUCGGCACCGACAUCAUGGACAACAAGUGCAGCUGGCUUGUCAACCAGGCCCUCGCCAUCGCCACCCCCGAGCAGCGCAAGAUCCUCGAGGACAACUACGGCCAAAAGGACAAGGCCAAGGAGGCCAUCAUCAAGGAGCUCUUUGACGACAUGGAGCUCAAGCGCCGCUUCGAGGAGUUCGAGGAGAAGCGCGCGGGCGAGAUCAAGGACAUGAUUAACAACAUUGACGAGAGCGAGGGUCUCAAGAAGGGCAUCUUUGAAAUCUUCUUGGCCAAGAUCUACAAGCGCUCCAAAUAAACACCUUCCAAACCACAAAGUAUAGUUACUAAUGCAGAUGGGGCGCGUGUUUGUAUUUGGCGGGCAUCAUGGAUUUCUGCACGUGGCACACAUGGAGCCGAAAAAAAUAGAGAAAGAAGAUAGAUACCAGAGUCCAAUUGAUUGACGAUGAUGACACCAACCCAAACAAUGGAACCGUUAGAAAGUAUGAAGAAAG